AUGAGAGAUGUAGCGAUUGGAAAAGUUGUAAAAGCGUUCGGAAACUUGCUUCACGUGGUCUUUGAGCGAGCUGUUCGUCAGGGGGAAGUGGGGAUGAUAAAACUCGGAAACACCCUCUUGAAAGGAGAAGUCAUCGAGAUUGCAGGUGACGAGGUGAAAAUGCAAAUUUUCGAAGAUACCCGAGGGGUUAAACUCGGAACACCUGUCGAGUUUAACGGCCAUCUUUUGGAGGCGGAGUUGGGUCCCGGUCUUUUAGGCGCUAUUGUCGACGGGUUGCAAAAUCCGCUUGAGAAGGUUGCCGAUGCGACAGGCCUCUUUCUCACAAGAGGGGUCUACCUGCCACCUUUGGACCGGUCACGGCAUUGGGAUUACCACCCUGUUGCUAAAGUCGGCGAUGUUCUGCAACGUGGAGAAGAGCUCGGCUAUACGAUGGAGGGGAGAUUCCACCACUCCAUCUUCAUCCCUUUUAAUCUGUUUGGGGAGUACACCGUGACAUGGAUCGCUAAAGCGGGCUCUUAUACAGUCGAUACCGUGGUUGCAAAGGGGACCGACAAUAAAGGGGUAGAACACUCUUUUACCAUGAUUCAAAAAUGGCCGGUUAAGUCCUCCCUUUUCGCCGGUGAGAAGAUCAAAGGGACGCAGAUGAUGGAUACGGGGGAGAGGAUCAUCGAUACACAGUUUCCCGUCUUGAAAGGGGGGACAUUCUGCUCACCUGGCCCCUUUGGUGCAGGGAAAACCGUUCUUCAACACCACUUGGCUAAAUACUCUUCCGUCGAUAUCGUCAUCGUUGUCGCCUGCGGUGAGAGGGCGGGAGAAGUCGUCGAGGUUUUAAGAACGUUUCCCCACCUAAGCGACCCUCAUACGAAUGAAUCCCUCAUGAAUCGGACCGUGAUUAUCUGUAACACCUCUUCGAUGCCCGUCGCUGCGCGUGAAGCGUCGAUCUACAUGGGAACGACCAUCGCAGAGUACUAUCGACAGAUGGGACUCGAUGUCUUAUUGCUCGCCGACUCGACAUCUCGAUGGGCUCAAGCGAUGCGUGAGAUGUCUGGAAGACUUGAAGAGAUUCCUGGGGAAGAGGCUUUUCCAGCGUAUCUCGCCUCUCGUAUCGCCGCCUUUUAUGAGCGGUCCGGAGUGGUCAAGUUGGAAAAUGGAAAAACCGGGUCGUUGACCAUUUGCGGAACGGUCUCUCCAGCGGGAGGAAAUUUUGAAGAACCCGUGACGCAAGCGACUCUCUCCGUCGUCGGUGCAUUUCUUGGCCUAUCGCGGUUACGGUCAGAUGCUCGCCGCUAUCCAGCGAUCGAUCCUCUUAUCUCAUGGAGCAAGUAUAUCGAUGAUGUGAGCCAGGAACUCGGGGCAAAAGUGCAGGGCUGGGGAAAAAUGGCAAAGGGCGCCGCAAAGAUUUUGUUCGAUGGGAAUGAGAUCGGGAAGCGGAUGGAGGUUGUGGGCGAAGAGGGGAUUACCCUGCGUGAUAUGGUGACCUAUCUUAAGGCCGAACUCUACGACUUCAGCUACUUGCAGCAAAAUGCUUUUGAUAAAGAAGAUGCGUAUUGCCCUUUAGAGCGGCAAAUCCCACUUUUUCAGCUGAUUAAUAAAAUAUUUGAAUCGCAUUUUGAUUUCGAUGGGCACGAUGCAGCACGGUCGUUCUUCCUCGAUCUUCAAAAUGAGAUCAAGAAUAUCAAUUUUAUGCCAUUCAAGUCGGAUCGGUAUGAGAAGGCGUUUGCACGUAUUGAAGAGAAAGUCGAACAGGCAAUGAGAGGGAUC